CUGUCCCCUCUAAUUGCUGAGUAUGAUAAACAUCUGGAGGAAAUGAGUGAACAGCUGCAGUACUAUCAGACACAGAUGGGUGAGAUGAGACUAAAACUUCAACAAGUCACCAAGGAAAAUGAAAGACUGCAUGAGGAAUUGAAAGAAGCUGUUGAGAAGCAGCUGGAGGCCCUUCCUUCUGGCACUCUCUUGGGGAGUGAUGUGUUUGCAGAUGAAGAAAUAGUAAGAAACCUUCAAGAUCAGUUACAACUAGCCAAUCAAGAAAAAGAGCAAGCACUAGAGCUCUGGCAGACAGUAUCACAGGAACUAGAUCAACUCCAGCAGCAGUACCAGGGGCACAUGACUGAAGCACAGAUUCAUGUGGUAGAAAGGCAAAAGCAAAAAGAUCAGUUGGCUGGCUUUCAACAACUGACUGAGCAACUUCGAUUAGCCAAUGAGAAAACAGAGUUGACUAACCAACAAUUUUUGAAAACCGUAACAGAACAGAAUAUGGAACUAGAACAGCUACGCAAACAACUAAGGCAAGCCAAAGUAGAUGUGAGAACAGCAACUGCUAAAGUUGAUGAAAUGACCAAAUUGUUAGUGGACCUUCAAGCCCAGAUGGAGAGAAAGGAAGAAGAUGUAGUAUCUGCUCAGGAGAGAGAGGAAGCAUCAGACAAACGCUUGCAGCAAUUGCAGUCUAGCAUAAAACAAUUGGAGACAAGAUUAUGUGUAGCUGUACAAGAUGCUGAACAGUUGAGAACAGAGAGGACUGCUCUCGAAAAACAAACUAGAGAGCUACAGGCAAAGUGUGCAGAUCUAGAAGAGGAAAAAUAUGAUGCUAUAGUAAAAGUCCGAGACAGCAUGCAACUCUUAGAAGAAGCUAACCUACAAAAAAAUCAGGCCCUGCUCGGAGAGAAGCAAAAAGAAGGGGAGAUAGAAAAUAUGAAAGAAGCAAUUUCUCAGCUUGUACAAGAUGCUGCUGCAAGAACUAGAAAGGAAGUAGAGAACGCAAGGAAGCAUUACAAUAUACAGAUUUCUCGAUUAACAGAAGAACUUUCUGCUCUUCAAAUGGAAUGUGGAGACAAGCAGAGUCAAAUUGAACGGGCCAUUAGAGAGAAGCGAGCAGUGGAAGAAGAACUUGAGAAAAUUUACCGUGAAGGCAGAGGAAGUGAAUGUGAUUACAGAAAACUGGAGGAACUGCACCAAAGGUGUCUGAUUGCAGAGCGUACAAAAGAUGACCUUCAGCUGUGUCUACAGGCGGCACGAAACAAAAUUAAACAACUGGAAAUGAACUCCGAGGAAGAGAUAUCUCGUUGCCAGGAAAUGGUUUGCAAGCUGCAAAGCAUUCUGGAUUCUGAAAGAGAAAACUCUGGUUCUAUGAGUGAACAAAGACUAAAACUUCAUCAAGAAAAUGAACAGUUGCGUAAAGAAGCAGAGGAUUUGAGGAAACUGGCCAUGGAGGCACAACAAAAAGCUAAAUUAAAGAUAAGCACAAUGGAACAUGAGCAUUCAGUGAAGGAGCAUGGGUUUGAGGUUCGACUGAAAGAGAUGGAAGUCACUAAUCGAACUUCCACUGUUCAACUGAGACAUCUGUUGGUGGCUCAGCAAAAAGCAACGAACCGGUGGAAGGAAGAAACAAAGAAGCUUACAGAAACUACAGAAACCAGGAUCUGUAAUCUGAAAAGUGAGCUGAGUCGACAGAAACUUCAUACACAAGAGCUGAUUUCUCAGCUGGAAAUGGCAAAUGAAAAGAUAGCUGAGAAUGAAAAAUUAAUGAUGGAGCAUCAAGAAAAAGUCAACAGACUUCAAAGGCGACUAACACAGGCAGAACAGAGGGCAGCUAUGGCAUCUCAACAGCUCAAUGUGAUUACUGUGCAGAGGAAAAAAGCUGCCUCCCUGGUGGAUCUAGAAAAUAUUUAAAAAAUAUACUUUGUUCAUUCACAUCACUUAAGAAUUGGAAAAUCUGUCAGAGGAACACGGUAUUGGAGCAUUAAAGUCUAUAGCGCACAGCUAGACUUGUGUAAUUUGCAUAAACAUUUUCCAUUCUAUUUGUACAAGAGGGAAAAAAAGCUGAAUUGUGGCUCCUUCACAGUAAAUACAGUGAGAGUCUGCAAAAUAAUAUGAUUUCAAAUGUAGAAUGAAGCCUACCUUCAUCAAUGUAAAAUUACACAAAUGUACUGUGCAUAGUAUGGUUUUUGUUUU